GUGAAUUACACACACACACUGCAGCAGAAGGUAAUCUACUGAAAAUGGCUUUUACAGAAUUGCCCAGACCAUUUUCUGCAAUGUAAAGUGUUAUAUAAUUGCUGCUGUAUCAAAAUGUUCAGAUGCUGAGCAAAUUCCUCUGCACGAUCCUGCAAAAGGUUCUCCAGGCUGCCUUUACUCAAGACGGCUCAUAUCAUCUGAAACAGGGCUGCGGGGCAGCAGUCUGCGCAUGCAAUAGGAGUGGAGGAGUACUGUCACUUUGCCACCCUUACCACCACAAGGGUACAAAUUUAAGCUGUGAGAUACAUCUUUCAAACUUUCAAGAACAAAGAAAUCAAACAUAGAAAAUGAUAAAAAACAUGACGCUGGAUAAUGCCACAAUGGACAUGCUUAAGAACCCCGCUAUUCUGAUCACCUUACCAGUUGUGUAUUCACUAAUAGCUUUUAUCAGCAUCCCUGGGAAUAUUUUCUCCCUCUGGAUUCUCUUCUUUCAUAUCAAGCCCAAAACAACAUCAAUUCUUCUCAUGAUUAACCUUAGCCUCACAGAUCUUGCACUGGCCUCCUGUCUUCCCCUUCAGAUUAUAUACCAUGUUAAGAAGAACCACUGGUCUUACAGCAAGAAGCUCUGCAGCUUUGUCACAGUGAUGUUUUAUGCAAAUAUGUAUUCUUCCAUAUUGACUAUGACCUUCAUCAGCUUGGAGCGCUAUUUGGGGGUGGUAUACCCCAUGACCUCCCAAAAAUGGAGAAGAAAGAGAUAUGCAAUUGCUACCUGUUUUGUAAUGUGGUUUUUGGUAUUAUUAGCCUUGUGGCCACUUGCAGCAGCAGACCUGACUUACAAAGUAAAAGAACUGAACAUUACAACCUGUUUUGAUGUCCUCCAGUGGGAAAUGCUUCCCAACCGUUUAGCAUGGGGAGCUUUCCUCCUGAUGCCCUUUUUUUUCUUUUUCUUGCUUCCAUUCACAGUUACCGUCGCUUGUUACAUUGGCAUUAUUCGGAAGCUCAUCCAGGUUUCUCACAAAUACGGCAAUGGGCAGAAGACACGGUCUAUCCACUUGGCUAUAAUCGUUCUCCUGGUUUUCAUCAUUUGUUUUGCACCCAACAACUUUGUCCUAUUGGUGCACAUCGUCAGCCGUCUCAUGGGAGGAGAAGGUUACUACCAUAUUUACAAACUCACGUUGUGUUUUAGUUGCCUCAACAACUGCAUAGAUCCAUUCAUUUACUACUUUGCAUCCAGAGAAUUUAAUCAGAGGCUUAUGCAGGUGUUAGGACGGAAGGUGCUACUGAGUGACAGUUCGGAGAGCAGAAGGGAAAGCCUAUUCUCUACCAAGACCCCAGCAAGAUCUCUGUCAAAUGGACAAAAGGAUGGGUUGGAACUUAGAACAAGUUUGCAAAAUCAUGAAAAUGUUUUUUAAUACUAAUGCUCAGACAUGAAGAUAUUAUUUCCUUUGUUUCAUAACAAAGAACAGUUAUCUCAACUACAUGCAAGAUUGAGGAACUCUAUUCAAUACUGCUUCUUCUCUCCAAAUAUGGCAACCAAUAUUACCUAUUGUAAUAUGUAGCAACAAGUAUGGUGUAAAGGAACAUUAUCAUAUCAUACAUUUCUUUCCAUAGCAGCAUUCAGUAAUGACUGUGAAUUGGUUUCAAGAUGUCGUGGCUUAGAACAGACACAUGAAAUCAAUAUUGACCGCCUGACUUCAGUGCAUCUAACUCUCAGCAUGACUAAAUCUGAAUCCAGUCCCUAAUGAGGAAUUAAAAGCCUUUUAUCAUGGCAAGCCCAGUAUAUAAUAAUCUUUCAAUUCCGCCAUAAGGAGACACAACUUUUAAAGCAAUUGCUGAUGUUUAACAUUGGGCCUAACACUGGCAAUUUCCCCCUCCAAUUUUUCACUUUCAUAUAAAUUCAGUUGUUUUAGUUUUUGUUCAGAUGUGCUGGGUUAUCAUGAUCAGCUCCAAUCAAUCCACUGCAGGCCAAAGGCCUCUUCAACAAUUUUCUAACCGCUUUGACAAACUAGUCAUUUCCAGUUACAACCUUUGAACUGAAUUUCAUCAUCUGCCCAAUGUUCCUUUGGGGUUUCCUGGGUCUUUUAAUGUUAACUGAUAUCCAAUUGAGGAUUGUUGUUGUCCAGCACUGAUCUGUUUGUUAUGCAAACUAGCCAGCCAAUUGCCAUUUCCUUGAGGCUACCAGCUUCAUUAUGUAAUAUAUCCCUAGCAGUUGGGGGGUCCAUUUUUUAUUUUUAUUUUUUUUGUCAUGUUUUGUUAUGUUGAGCAUUUGCCUGCUCCAUGCCUCUUUGUGUAAUGUUCAACUCUGUACUGCUUUUGCAUUUAACACCCAGGUUUUGCAACCACGUGUCAGCAUUGGUAGAAUACACACAUUAAAUAAUUUCCUCUUUAAGUAGAUAAAUAUGUUGCUUUUGAAUAUAGAAUAAGCUUGUCCAAAAACUCUGCAGCCUACUUUAGUCUGGUUCACAAUUUCCUCUAUUAUAUCACCCUCCCUGGUAAUCUUUUGACCAAGACAGAUAUAGCAGUUGACCUUCUCCAGUUCAAGAUUUUCAAUUUUUAUUGACAAAGGUUGAGAGUUGUUGAACAUGACCUUCAGUGCUGGGCUAUAUUACUUUCAAAAUACGUUGUGAUCAUAAUCUGAUUUGAAAUGACUUUUUAGAGAAAUAUUAAGUUAAUUGUCUAUGAUCUAUUAAGGAAAAAAGUACAGUGGUUCAUUCAGUUUUAACAGGGUUAAGUCUUCAAAUAUGAAUAUGUCAAGGCACUACUAAACUUGUAUUUGUGCUUAAAGUCCAUUAUAUAUUCUAUUCAUCAAAUUAUGUUUUCUUUCAUUUGACAUAAUUAAGUUGAAAAAGAAAAUUAAUUCACCAUCUGUCAGUACUGAUCUUUAGUAUUGUAGGAUCAGAGAAGAAAAAGAAUAUGGGCUACAUUUCAUGACAUUUUAUCUUACCUAUUAAAUUUGGGGUUAUGUGUCCUAUUGUUUAUUGGGAUAACUAAAACAGUGUCUCUUCCAGUGGCAUUAUCAUAUCCUUGGAAAUUUGACUGACAGCUGAAAGAAACAGAGCCAGAAACUGGAAAAAUGCAGAUCCUGUGACCUCAUGAUACACAACUGUAUAAAAUAUAGAUUCUUCAUAUGAAUAGGACUGCAAUCCCAUAACAACAUUUUAGGAAGAAGCACUAUUGAGCUUCAUACAAUUUACUUUCAAGUAAAUAUGUGUAGAAUUGCAUUGUUACAUUACUUUUUUCUUUCAAUUAAAUCAAUAAAUUGGGAACUGAAAUUUUUCCUAGGGAUAAAUUUUAAAGAAUAGAAGCUGCUUACAAGAUAUGCUAAACCUGAAUGUGAUAAUUUUACAGGCUUUUGGUUUUGUAAAUGUACAUUGUUGGGAUUUUCUUCUUCUUUUCUCAUUUCCUUUGUGACAUGCACUAUGCUCUAUAUAAUGAAAAACAUGUCUAAGUUAUAUCCAUUUUAAGUCCUACAAACAUCUGAAAGGUUCAGGACAAACAAGUGAAACAAACCAAAACUUCCAAAAGGAAGAAGUUUGCUAAUUGGUUAGAUAUUUAUAGAUAUCAAAUAAGAAUAGAA